CUUCAUGUCCACGGAGGGACUGAGAGUCUGUAUGAAAAGGCAGGCAGGCAGGCAGGCAGGCGCGCUGGGGACACUAGCUGAAGAGAGCUGGCCUGAAGUGCGGCUUUUACGCACGGUCGAUAUUAAGCUACGGCUUUAAAGCUUUGUUCUGUGUUUAUUGUGUGUGUGUGUGUGUGUGUGUGUCGUUGCGUGAAAAUAUUGUCACAGAAAAUCUGUUUACGCAGCAUGGGCCGUUUUGUGCAUAUACGGAAUGCGUCUUAGCUUCGGGUGCAGUUGAUGUGCAGCGUUUAAAAAAAAAAAAAAAAAAGAAAGAAAAAAAAGAAAAGAGCGCAGAGUGUUUGUUGGACUGGAGUGUGUGGAGUGCGCGGUGGUGAGGUGUGCAAACAGCACCAAGAGCCAAGAUCUGGCCUAAUCUGUCAUGUGCUGAUUAUGUCAGUCGGUCAGUAAAAUUGAUUUCUCGCACCCCUGACUAAUUCUCUCUCUCUCUCUCUUGCUCACUCACUCACUCACUCACUCACUCUCUCUCUAUUGCUCACUCUCUUUGUCUCACACACACACACACACUAUUCUGAAACCUCCCUGUUUACUCCAACAGCUAUACAGGCCUAAUACACUUUGGAGUGAAAAUAUGCAUCACAUUUUGUCACUGUUUUAAUAAAGUGUGGAGCUUGUGGCUCUCCAGCACUCCAGCAGUGGAACAGCGCAACGACUGUCCGCCAUGGUUUUCCCUAUCAGCCAUCUUCCAUGGCCUUCGACCCGGUCCAGAAAAUCCUUGCUGUCGGGACUCAAAGUGGAGCAUUACGGUUAUUUGGUCGUCCCGGCGUGGAAUGUUACUGUCAGCAUGAGAGCGGAGCAGCCAUCAUCCAGCUCCAGUUCCUCAUCAACGAAGGGGCGUUAGUGAGUGCUUUAGCUGACGACAGCGUUCACUUAUGGAACCUGCGUCAGAAGAGACCAGCCGUGCUGCACUCCCUUAAGUUCAACAGGGAGAGGAUAACAUUCUGCCACCUGCCUUUCCAAAGUAAGUGGCUGUACGUCGGCACGGAACGAGGAAACAUCCACAUCGUAAACGUGGAGUCCUUCACCCUCUCAGGAUACACCAUCAUGUGGAACAAAGCCAUUGAACUGUCCUCCAAGGCCCACCCUGGUCCUGUCGUCCACAUAAGUGAUAACCCAAUGGAUGAAGGCAAGCUCAUAAUAGGAUUUGAGUCUGGCAUUGUGGUGCUGUGGGACUUGAAGUCAAAGAAGGCCGACUACCGCUAUACUUAUGACGAGGCGAUCCAUUCUGUGGCCUGGCACCAUGAGGGGAAGCAGUUCAUCUGUAGUCACUCAGACGGCACACUGACCAUAUGGAAUAUAAAGUCCCCAGCCAAGCCUGCACAGACAAUCACCCCACAUGGAAAACAGCCCAAGGAUGGAAAGAAGCCAGAGCCAUGUAAACCCAUUCUCAAAGUAGAGUACAAGACAACGAGGGCAGGGGAUCCAUUUAUGAUCCUGUCUGGUGGUCUGUCCUACGACACAGUUGGUCGGCGGCCAUGUUUGACUGUUAUGCAUGGGAAGAGCACCGCGGUGCUGGAGAUGGACUAUCCUAUCGUAGACUUCCUCACGCUCUGCGAAACGCCAUAUCCUAAUGAUUUUCAGGAACCUUAUGCUGUAGUGGUCCUUCUAGAAAAGGAUUUAGUUGUUAUUGACCUCGCACAAAACGGUUACCCUAUCUUUGAGAACCCCUACCCCUUGACGAUUCACGAGUCUCCAGUGACGUGUUGUGAAUACGUCGCCGACUGUCCCGUAGACCUCAUUCCUGCACUUUAUUCGGUCGGCUCCCGCCAAAAACGACAGGGCUACAGCAAAAAGGAAUGGCCUAUAAGUGGUGGAAACUGGGGCCAGGGCACUCAAAGCUAUCCAGAAAUAAUAAUAACUGGGCAUGCUGAUGGUUCUGUGAAGUUUUGGGAUGCCUCUGCAAUAAUGCUCCAGGUGUUGUACAAGCUGAAGACAGCCAAGGUGUUUGAGAAAGCGCGCAGUAAGGAGGAGAAGGCGUACACGGAGAUAGUGGACGAGGAUCCGUUUGCCAUCCAGCUCAUGGCGUGGUGUCCUGACAGCCGAAUGCUGUGUGUCGCCGGAGUGUCUGCUCACGUCAUCAUCUACAGGUUCAGCAAACAGGAGAUCAUGACUGAGGUCAUCCAGUUAUUGGAGGUCCGAUUGCAGUAUGAGCUGAAUGACCUCGAGUCGCCGGAAGGGGACCAGACACCAGCUCCUCCCACUCCAAACACCUCACCAAGUCCGCAGAACGCUGCUCCGCACACACACCCCUCCACCAGCAGCAACUCGUCUGAUGGCAUAAGAGAUAAUGUGCCCUGUCUCAAGGUGCGCAGCAGUCCUCUGAAGCAGUCUCCUGGAUAUCAGGUGGAGCUGGUGGUUCAGUUAGUCUGGGUCAGUGGAGAGCCGCCGCAGCAGAUUAGCAGCCUGGCCAUCAACUCCUCAUAUGGCCUCGUGGUCUUUGGCAAUACUAAUGGCCUGGUUGUGGUAGAUUACCUCCAGAAGACUGUUCUGUUGAAUUUGAACACUGUAGAGCUGUAUGGCUCCAGCGACCCCUAUCAGAGACAACCCCGAUCACCUCGCAAGAGCAGGCAGCCUUCUGGAGGGCUGUGUGACAUCAACGAAGGCUCAGCCACGUCAGAGGACCGCUGCAAAUCCCCCACCUCAGUGUUGACGUCUAACCAUCAGCAAUUCUACAAUGGCGGCGGUAGAGGAGCAAAGAUGUCACGGAAAUUAAGCUUGCCUACUGAGCUAAAGCCAGACUUGGUCUUACUCUCUGUAUGUCCACCGCGGGGUGCCAUACCGCUAGACAACAGGGACAACUCAUUCAGCCGCUCGCGCAGCUCCAGCGUGACCAGCAUCGAUAAGGAAGCACGGGAAGCCAUAACGUCGUUCUACUUCUCCCAGACGUACACGCGUAAAAUGGACAGCUCAAUAAGCCCCGCCCUGUGGGUGGGCACCUCCCUGGGUACAGUCCUUGCUAUCUCCCUCAACAUACCCCCUCCAGGAGAGCAACGGCUACUGCAGCCCGUCAUCGUCUCACCCAGUGGGACUUUCAUUAGACUAAAAGGAAGCAUCAUCCGGAUGGCGUUCCUGGAUGGAUCAGGCUCACUGCUGCCGCCCGCCUCAGAGCCGUGGUACGAACUGAACGCCGACAGUGAGGAGAAGGAGAGAGUGAGGAGGAGGAGGCCAGUGUCCGUCUCGCCCUCCACCUCGCAAGACCUGAAUGAGAGCCAGUAUAUGGUGGUAUGCUCAGAGAAGCAGGCCAAAGUGAUUUCGCUACCCUCACAAACCUGCAUCUUCAAGCACAACAUCACAGAGACAUCGUUUGUGCUGCGGGCAGACGUGGUGCACGCGGGCCCAGGCAUCUGUGUGGCAUGCUUCUGUGCCAACGGACACAUCAUGACCCUCAGUUUGCCUGGACUCAGACCAUUGCUGGAUGUAAACUACCUGCCACUAACAGACAUGAGGAUAGCCAGGACCUUCUGCUUCACCAACCUGGGCCAGGCCAUGUACCUGACCUCCCCUACUGAGAUCCAGAGGAUAACCUACAGCCAGGACGUCUGCGAGAACCUGCAGGAGAUGCUCGGCGAGCUGUUCACUCCGGUGGAGACGCCAGAGGCUCCAAACAGGGGAUUCUUUAAGGGCCUUUUUGGAGGAGGUGCACAGUCACUGGAUCGGGAAGAACUCUUUGGGGAGUCUGGGGCAGGUAAGGCGUCCCGGAGCCUUGCCCAACACAUCCCUGGACCAGGGGGCAUUGAGGGCAUGAAGGGGGCAGCAGCGGGUAUUGUGGGCGACCUGGCCCGCGCAAGGAUAGCGCUGGAUGAGAGGGGGCAUAAACUGAGCGAGGUGGAAGAGCGGACGGCGGCCAUGAUGGCUAGCGCUGACUCGUUUUCCAAACAUGCCCACGAGAUGAUGCUGAAGUGUAAGGACAAGAAAUGGUACCAGUUCUGAGCUGCAGAUCAGCCCCGAACACAAAGGGACUCAACCAGUUUCCUAGAGAGCAUCAUCUUUUCUCUCAUCCUUCCCUCCCUCUUGUCCUCCAUCUCUUUUCUUCUGGACCACUGGGAUCCCUGUUUAUUUCCUGGCACAAUGUUGAAUACUGUGUGGACCUCAGUCCUGCUGUUGGAACUGGUGUGUGUGGAUGUGUGUGUGAAUGUGUGUGUGUGUGUGUGUUAGUUAGAUGGACCACAUGUCAAAAAAUGACAAGACAACCACUACGCCAGUGUCUGCUUUCUUUUAUUUUGUCUGUUUAUCAUUGCCUGCCCCCUUCUGUGGCGAAUAUCUCAAGAGCCUUGGAUUUCCAUUUCCUCAUAUUCAUGCUGUUGUUUCUUCACCUCUGUCCUUCUCAGAAGGAAAACCAGAAGCUAAACAAUACAUUUAAAGGGGAAAAAAAGAAAUAAACAGCCAUUGUAUAAAAAAAAAAAAAAAAGAAAAGAAACAUAAAAAAAUGAAGGUGGGGAAAAUAAUAUAUACAUAAUUCUAUAUAAAUCUCUAUAUUAAACUACGUAACUGAUCAAAGCCGUAUUCAUGUGGACUGACAAGUGCAAAACUAGAGGAGCACACAUCUGGAGGAUGGGAGGGUGGAGGUUAGAGGAUUAGCCAUUCACAGGAAGUGACAUCACUGUCAUGGAGGAGAUGGACCUAAUGACCCUGAGAGUUGGCCUUACUUUCCCUUCUUUUGUCUCUCUUAAGCCAUUUUCUCUGAUUAUUUGUGCUUCUUUAGAUCAUUUAGAUUUUUUUUUAAAAAUUUAACAAGAAACAAAAAUAUCAAAUGGUCAAAUGUAAUCUUCAGUACCUAUUUAAUUUUUCUUUAAUAUUGAAAGCUUUUUUUGGAUUGAUAUUUCAAUUCAUAUUUGGGAAAUGCUUCAUGUUCAUAGCAGUACAAUAAUGCUUUACAUUAAAGUACCAUCUGUAACGGGUUUAUAAUUAGUUGAACAUUUAUCUAGCUAUAAACAGUUAAAGAAUAAAACGGAUUUGUAGAAAUUGUGCGUUGACUAAUUAUAUACCUAAUCUAAUUCUUUUUUCAGAUGGUAUUUUCAUGUGAUCUGCUGCCCAGACAUCCAGUGCAGAAAGGGCUGAUUUGGAUUUUUUUUUUUAAAAAAAAGGGCUGGUUUGAGAAAUUAAAAGACGGGAAAAUUACAUUACCAAGUUAUAUUUGGACGUUUAUCAUAUCCAAUUUGGCAUCACAGCUUUCCUAUAUGUAAAAUAAUCACAACUCUGCUUUUUGAGUGAAUAAUCCUUUUCAGAAAUAUUUGCCAUGUCCCCAGUCAGUGGGAUUAUUUUAUAUAUUAUUUACAUUUUUUUUUCCAUAGUUCCAGAGUGUUGAGCUCUGUAUAUUUUCUUAAUCUCGAUUUAGUAAGUAUUGACCUUUCGUUUGAAAAAGACAAGCACUUAAGCCACAAUAAAUGCUGAAAUAAAGGAUAGGGUACUGUAGGUCUGAGUGUUAAGAUAAAAAAAAUUCUUAUACGUUUGACGUCUGGAGGAUACAGUCAGUCAUGUAAAUAUAUCUACAAACUAAACAAGGCGUACACUUCCUGUUCAGCGUUUGUCUCGAAGCGGAACAGGUUAAGAAGCUGCUGGAAUUAAACCAGUGACACAGAAGUAAUGUAGUCUGCGGAUCCUCCCACUGGACUCGCAAUCUAUAGUUAGGGUCCCUUUGGGAUGGAGACUUGAUCUUGUUAAUGAAGCCAUACCAGCUGUCUCAGUUUGUUCGUGCACAGUUUAUUUUUUGUGAGGAGGUAUUCAUUCAAAAAAAAGGAAAAAAAACAACAACUCAAAAGCAAUCUAAUCUAAUCUAAAACAUUGUUACGUUUUCCCUACUCUGUAAUUUCUGUAUGAUUACACAACUUUAUUGCGUUUAAUUUAUUGUGUGCAAGGACAUUGCUGCUAUAUAUGUUUGUACAUAAGACUUCUUUUCUCUGUCCAGAGCAUUACGUCUCCCUCUCGUCUCUCUUCCCUGAGUUUUGCCAUUGUGUAAAUAAAUUAGUCUGACAAUCUGGGACCAUGAAUUGAAGAGCGAGAGCGGACGAAUUGGUGUGAAGACAGUUGCCAUAUGUUGUUAAAUGCCAAAGAUUUACUUUUUUGGAGUACUUUUAUUUCACCAACUCUUACUUCUAGUUGUGCCCGACCUCAGUGGAUUUUACGUGUUGUAUUAGUGAAGUCUUACCCGUGAUUCUUGGUCCUGUGUGGAUAAAAAUGUUUUCCUCAUAAAGAAAACUAUUAUACAGUAUUCGAUGCCAUGUCAAAAUGUUUUUGAAUAUAAGUUGUUAUGGAUUCCUUCCACUAUUUAUUUAGCAUCUCUGAGUUAGUUAAUGCUUGUAAAUCAGGUUUAUUUAAGUUUAUUGUGUUUUCUGUUAACAUGUCCUUGCAAACUAGUUUUUGUAAAAUGAGUUUUUAUUAUUUUUUUUUAUGUGUGUGUGUGUUUGCUUUAGAAUGAGCUGAACUCAGAAUGGUUACUACGCGAUCGAGCGACACGUUUUUGUCAUUUUACCCUAUUUUCUGUUUAGAAGCUGUGCGUUUAGGGAAUGGUUUGUUGGGAGUUUGUCAUUAUCGUUGAACAAGAUAGUGUGUGCGUUGUGCACGUCUGUAUACAUUUCAGACUAAAGCAAAUGUUUUAGCACAAACUAACCAAGUCCAGUAUGGAAAAAAAAGAGACUAAUGACUGAUCAUGAUAGUUGGGGAACCGCUGUGUGUAAUCUUCUAACAUUAUUUAAAGACUUUGCAGAGAACAAUUGACCUUUAGAAGAAGCCAUGAUGGCAGAACCUUGAUGUUCCAGGUUCCCACUAUCAUUGUUAAUCAGUAAUCAGAUCUGUGUUAAAAUGUUGAGUAACAGUAAGUGCAGUGUGUGAGCCACUCUCAGGCUGUGUAUCCUCUUAAGCCAGUUUUCAGGCUUCACCUCCAGUUUGCUUAGUUUCUGAUUCUGUCCGUGUGGAUGUUGAUCGUUUGCCCUUUGUAAUUUUCCAAGAAAGAAAAAAAAUCCCUGCUGAAAACAAGAUGUCUAAUAUACUUCCUGUCUUUUUUCCUCAUUUUUAUUCUUGUUUUGUUAAUCAUUUCUGCCACCAACUCAUUGUAUCUUAAAAUAGUAUACUUCUGUUACGGAGUAGAUCUUCUCUCGCGCUCCAUCUUCCGUCCUCAGUAUCACAGUUAUCGGUGGGUUGCAGUAUUUUUCUCAUUGUAGCCACUUUUCUUGUACAGUUUUAUGCAAAUUUCACAUGGAUGUUUGUGAAUAUCUGCUGCCACAAAUGAUUUAGAAUUUCUGUAGAUAGAGAUUACUGUGCAAUGGAAAAUAAAAACGAAUUAAACCCA